CUUUUGCAGACGAAACUGAAUGUAACUUAAAAGCUAUAUAUCAAUUGUAAACAUUUCAUUUUCCCGUAACUCCAUAUUUCUCGAACCAUUUAUAUUUUGCAAUCAAUUACUAAAGUUUCGCGGAGAGAGAUAUCUUUUCGUCUGAUGAUCUUAGGGUGGUCAUGUUCAGUUUUGCUACGAAUAAUCCGAAGUUAUUUAAUGUGAAAGCAAAGAUACACGGUCGGGAAAGUUCUAUGCAAGCUUUGUGUGACGUCUCUUGGGGAUUUAGACCUGAAUAUUCUUUUCUACAACAACUUGGUGAGAAAAGUAGCCGGAAAGUAUUGUUGAUUAGGCCGAGGAUUAGAUCAUUUAGCAGAAGCCCUGGAAAGUCUUUAGCUCGAGCUAGAGGUGAAGGAAAAAUUUUGGAAGCUAAUGGAAGUGACCUUUUGGUUUCAAAGCAGUUAAUUUGGAAUUAUGACUUUGAGAAUAAAUUUGACUCUGAAGAGAUUAAUGCACCAUUUAGCGAAAGUUACUAUCCUGUGGAGGAGCCGUGGAUCCAUGGAUCUUCUCCUCCAUUCCAGUCUGUUAGACCAGAAGAUGCUUCAAGUGGUCUGACAAAAACAGACAAGAUCUCAGUUGACCUCAAAGUCAACUCUUUGACUCUCUCCACAGGUGACGAAGAAAAUACGACGAGUGUUCUUGAUAAGAGGAGCUUGGAACCACAUGUCUCUGAAUGCGAGUACCCUGUCGAAGAGCCUUGGCUAUGUCAAUCGUCUCUUGGGAAUAUAGAGAGUUCUGAGAAUGAAAGGCCACAACAUCAGCACCCAGAAAUUGCAGAGUUGUUGACUUUUGGUGACGUGAUUUUGAAUUCUAUUGGAAAUAAUACAGACAAUGAAGAUACGACUGAAACUCCAAAGGAGCUCUCUUUAGAUAAUGAGAGUAGGGUAGAUGUGCAGGAAUCCGUCAAAAAAGUUAUAUUGAUAAACUCUUCUUUAUGUACCAUGCAAAGGAUUGCUGUUAUGGAGGAUGAUAAAUUGGUUGAAAUAUUACUGGAACCUGUUAAAGAUAAUGUGCAAGCCGAUAGUGUAUAUUUAGGAACAGUCACAAAGUUUGUUCCACACAUGGGUGGUGCAUUUGUAAAUAUUGGGUGUGCUAGGCCUUCACUUAUGGAUACAAAUCAUAACUGGGAGCCCUUCAUAUUUCCUCCAUUUCGCCGCCACCGCAUAAAGCAAAGAAAAAAGCAAACAAAAAUUGUAGACAACUCUGAGGAUCAUGAUGUUAUUGAAAAUUCAGUUAAAGCAAUGCUUGAUUAUCAUCAUGAACAUGAAAUAGAUGAUGAGUUUAAAGAUGAAUUCAAUGGCAAGAGACUUAUCCAUCAGUCAUUAGAAGGUGCUCAUGAGGCACAGCAUCAAACCAUGACCGACCUUAGUGUUGACGCUAAAAGUUCUAGAGAUGCAGAAGGUAGCAAAGGUCCUCAGACUGAUGAAGAUAAAUGGGCCUUAGUUCAGAAAGGCACUAAAAUUAUUGUACAAGUUGUCAAAGAGGGAUUGGGUAAUAAAAGCCCUACACUUACUGCCUACCCAAAGUUAAGGAGCAGAUUCUGGGUCUUGAUGACUCGUUUGAAUAGUAUUCAUAUUUCCAAGAAAAUAUAUGGACUGGAAAGGACUCGGUUGCGAGUCAUCGCAAAAACUUUGCAGCCACCAGGUUUUGGUUUGACAGUAAGGACAGUUGCUGCCGGUCGUACAUUGGAAGAAUUGCAGAAGGACUUGGAUGGGCUACUUUCAACAUGGAAAGAUAUUACUGAGAAAGCAAAGUCUGCAGCUGUUGCAGCAGAUGAAGGUGUGGAGGGUGCCAUGCCUGUCAUGUUACAUGGGGCCAUGGGCCAGACACACUCUGUUGUUCAGGAUCUUUUUAAUGAUAAGGUCAAGAGAAUGGUAGUUGAUUCACCAGCGACGUAUCAUGAGGUUACAAAUUAUCUUCAGGAAAUUGCUCCCGAUUUGUGUGACCGAGUUGAGUUAUAUAGCAAAAAGAAUCCACUGUUUGAUGAAUAUAACAUUGAAGGGGAGUUAAACAACAUGCUUAGUAAAAGAGUGCCUCUCUCCAAUGGAGGUUAUCUAGUAUUAGAACAAACUGAGGCUUUAGUCUCUGUUGAUGUAAAUGGAGGGCAGUGCAUGCUUGGUCAUGGGACGUCACAGGAUAAGGCUAUCUUAGAUGUUAAUCUUGCAGCUGCUAAACAAAUUGCUAGGGAAAUACGACUGAGAGACAUUGGUGGCAUUAUCGUGGUGGAUUUCAUUGAUAUGCAUGAUGACUCAAAUAAGCGAUUGGUCUAUGAAGAAGUUAAAAAGGCAGUUAGCAGAGAUCGGUCAAUGGUGAAAGUAUCUGAACUUUCUAGGCAUGGGCUGAUGGAGAUCACAAGAAAGAGGGUACGACCUAGUGUGACAUUUAUGAUAAGUGAACCAUGUUCCUGUUGUCAUGCUACUGGGAGAGUCGAAGCACUGGAAACCUCAUAUUCUAAAAUCGAGCAUGAAAUUUGUCGAUUACUUGCGUCGAUGGAUAGAGCAGAUCCGGGAAGGCCCAAAUCUUGGCCUAAGUUCAUUUUGAGGGUUGACAGGUACAUGUGUAGCUACUUGACAUCGGGUAAGAGGACAAGACUAGCAAUCCUCAGCAGUUCCCUUAAAGUAUGGAUUUUGCUAAAGGUUGCCAGAGGUUUAACAAGGGGUGCUUUUGAAAUUAAGCCACUAACAAAAGACAUGGAGCAUGGAAAUGAUGAUGACGAUGAUGAGGAGGAUCAAGUUGCCAUGCCCUUGUUACAGCCAACAGCGGCUAUGAAUACUUCCAAGAGGAAAAUUACCAUCUUUCCUAUCAAGAAGUGGAAGAGUCGUGGAAAAUGAGCAAUAUGUGGUAAUUACAAUCUUUUUUUCAUCUAUGUGCACACAUCGAAGAGUCCUGCAAGUGCUUUUAUCGUUCUAUUGCCAUCCUUAUCAAUUUUUACCAUGUUAGAGUCGAGUGUACAGUUUGAUGUGAACCUUCAGCAUAGAUGAGCACACCCGAUGUUGUAUUUAAGCAGAAGCUACUAAAUCAGCAAAAGGAAAAAAAAAAAAGGAUCGUCUUUCUUUUUGUUUUCAAUUUAGAAACAUUACAUUCUGAAAUCCAAUUGUAGCCUCUUGAUUUCUAACACAGAUAAUGAGGGCAGAGUCCCAUUCAUCUCGAGUUUUAGAGAAUGUCGUAAUUUAUGUGUUAGUCGAAUUAGAAAGAACGAGUACUUUGUAAUUACUUUUGUAUAUUUAUGAAUCUGAGAGACUAGAGAAAGCAUUUCACAGUUCACAUAA